UCCUCCGGAGGAUAAGCUAACUAGCUAGCUCCGCCUCGGAAGAAACACAGAAUUAGCUAGCUACUUGGGCUAAUAUCGGCCAAGCAGUUAGCUAGCGCAACACAUUAAUUCGUGUUUCUCCUCUGCCAUGUGACCACUCUACACAGCGCUGCUUUUAUUUUUUCCCCCGGAUACCCUAAACUUGGAUAUCGAACUGGGAACAUUUCCACUUGUUUCGUGUGACUCGGGAAGGUCGAGACCUCGCCGGGAAUAACUUUGGCCUGAAAGUUUGUGGAGCCCAGAUCUGAAAGGAAACAUCUCAGCCGCUAAAAAAAGACAAAUAUAGACGUCGAGACCUCGUCUAUGAAAACGACGUUGGAUUUACGUUUGCUGUAGACUUUGGCGACAGCCCCAGCUUCCUCAGACGUUAGUUAGCAGCCGUACUUAGCCUUUUAGCAGCCUAAUUGAACCUUGUCUUGUGCAGUGCAACCGUUGCCCAACUUUUCUUCAAGCUAGCGCAAGUAGCUAGCUGCCGAAAACGUCACAGCAUCAGGUUGUUGGCUCGCUAGCCACCGUCGACGCUGUCAAAUGCUAAGUGGAAACUGAAUGUUUUCACGCCGGGGCCGAAGCUGAAAAGAAGACACUUGCUCUCCCUUUUUCCCGUUUCGUGCUUGUUGACAAACAUGGAACGUGCGGUUGCUGCUAGCUAGUUUCUAGCUAGUUGGCUAACUCGGCUAGCCGCUGAUGUGGGAUCCAACUUGUUGAUUCACGGGUGAAUUGUCGUGCUGCUAGCUGGCUAGCACUGGACAUCUUUUGGGAAUUUACCUCCACCACCAGCUACCCACGUUUUAAAUGCACAAUAGACACUGAAGAACCGUUCUUGUGUUACUGGCCCCUUUCCCCCUUUUUUGGCAACCCCCAAGUCUUUCAAAAAUGUCAACAAGGGCCCCACUGGUGCAAGUGAUUGAAAAUUCAACCGGGCAGGAGACCAAGCCAUCAUCUGGCCGCACCAGCAUGCCGCGAUGUCGGAACUCCGUCGCCACAACCACAUCAGAUGACCAGCCGCACAUCGGUAACUAUCGGUUACUGAAAACCAUCGGCAAAGGCAACUUUGCCAAGGUCAAGCUGGCGCGACACGUCCUCACCGGAAAAGAGGUGGCUGUAAAGAUCAUUGAUAAGACACAGCUCAACUCCUCCAGUUUGCAGAAGCUCUUCCGGGAGGUGAGGAUCAUGAAGAUGUUGAAUCACCCCAACAUAGUCAAGCUCUUUGAGGUCAUCGAGACAGAGAAGACACUGUACCUGGUAAUGGAGUAUGCUAGUGGAGGAGAGGUCUUUGAUUACUUGGUGGCCCACGGCAGGAUGAAGGAGAAAGAAGCCCGUGCCAAAUUCAGACAGAUUGUGUCAGCAGUGCAGUAUUGCCAUCAGAAGUGUAUAGUACACAGAGACCUCAAGGCGGAGAACCUGCUGCUGGAUGCAGACAUGAACAUCAAGAUAGCGGACUUUGGCUUCAGUAAUGAGUUUACGCUGGGGAACAAGUUGGACACAUUCUGUGGCUCUCCGCCCUACGCUGCCCCGGAGCUCUUCCAGGGCAAGAAAUAUGACGGGCCAGAGGUGGACGUCUGGAGCCUGGGGGUCAUCCUCUACACACUGGUCAGCGGAUCGCUGCCCUUUGAUGGCCAGAACCUCAAGGAAUUGAGAGAGCGUGUCCUGCGGGGCAAAUACAGGAUUCCCUUCUACAUGUCGACUGACUGCGAAAACUUACUUAAGAAGUUCCUCAUCCUCAACCCGUCGAAACGAGGCAGCCUCGAGCAAAUAAUGAGGGACCGAUGGAUGAAUGUUGGUCACGAGGAGGAAGAACUCAAACCCUACAUUGAGCCCCAGCCAGAUUAUAAGGACCCUAGGAGGACAGGUAGGCACAGAGACACACAGAAAAAAGAGAUCAUGCUGCAAAUGGGAUUCUCUCAAGAGGAGAUCCAGGACUCGCUGUUGAACCAGAAGUAUAAUGAUGUAAUGGCUACAUACCUACUACUGGAUUAUAGGAACUCUGAGCUGGAUGAAAGUGGCAUCAAGCCUCGACCAGGAAGUGAUGUAAGAAACAUUAACGACCCCUCCCCACCUCAGAAGGUACAACGCAGUGUGUCAUCCAACCAGAAGCCUCAGAACCGCAGAACCACUGACCAGGGCUCCACCUACUCUAAGAGGGGGGGUCAAGCAGACAACCGGACUGCAGCUGAGGAUUCUGGGAGGAAGGGUUCGUCGGGCAGCUCCACUACCAAGGUUCCGGCCAGCCCUCUCGUCUCCACUGAUCGCAAGAAGAGCGCUACGCCCUCCACCAAUAGCAUCCUGUCCACCGGUACCAGUCGCAGUCGGAACUCUCCUCUGACAGAGCGAGCCACGCUUAGCCAGAGUAUCCAGAACGGCAAGGACAGCCUAAACACUCCGGGCUCCCGCGCCUCCACUGCCUCAGCCGCUGCCGUCCUAUCCUCUUCCUCCUCGCGUCCCCGCCACGGCAAGUCCUUGUCCUCCUCCAAUCAUCCAUGCCCCUCUGACCUGCAUGCACCAAGGCCCAGUGCUCCAGCUCAGCGGGCGCCCGGUGCCUCCCCGUCUGCCCACAACAUCAGCAGCGCUGCUGUAUCAGACCGCACCAACUUCUCCAGGGGGGUGGGCAUCCGUAGCACGUUCCACGCUGGCCAGCAGCGGGGUGCCCGGGACCAGCAGGGCUCCGCUUACCCAGGCGGGCCCGCAUCCCCGUCGCUGUCACACGGCAACAGCCAGGCACGGAGGCAACAUGGUGCCACUGGGAUUUUCAGCAAGUUCACAUCCAAGUUUGUACGCAGAAAUCUCUCGUUCAGGUUUCCGAGAAGGAGUCCGUAUGAGGGAGAGGGUCGGGAUGAGGGGAGCAGGUCCAUGCUGAGCAGCACGGUGGACAAGUCGGAAAAGACGUCCGGUGGCGUUCUCUCCACGUCCACCAACAACGACGAGAACAACUCCUCGCCAGGAUCUGGGAACACUGGUGGCACCGGCACCCCUCCGGCCAUCGGCAUCCAGAAGGACCCGGCCAAGCCCCGUGCGUUGCGCUUCACCUGGUCCAUGAAGACCACGUCCUCCAUGGAGCCCAUGGAGAUGAUGCGCGAGAUCCGCAAGGUGCUUGACUCCAACAGCUGCGAGUACGAGCUGCGCGAGCGCUACAUGCUGCUGUGCGUCUCGGGCAACCCGGCCCGCGACGACUUCGUCCAGUGGGAGAUGGAGGUGUGCAAGCUGCCGCGGCUCUCCCUCAACGGCGUGCGCUUCAAGCGGAUCUCGGGCACGUCCAUCGCCUUCAAGAACAUUGCCUCAAAGAUCGCCAACGAGCUCAAACUGUGAGCGCAGCGGAGCAGCGAGGGGAGAUUAAAGGGUGGAGGUGGGAGGGUGGAGGAUGGCGAGGAUGAAGGUGGUGCUGUAGGUGCGUUAGGGGGCGCUGCGGAAGUCAGGGCGUAAGCUAAAGGGUGGGAUCACUUUAAAAACAACACGAUUGUCAUGGAGACAGGUCUGACGUAGGGCUAUUGGGUCUCUGAGACUAGAAAACAGUUUUUUUUUUCUAGAAGUUUUUGUUCCUUACGUUCUCAAGGCCCUGCGACCAGGAACUCUGAGCUGAUGACCUCUUGAGUCGUGAAGUACUUACAGACCGAGGUCUUCUCUCUCCCUGCUGUUUUCUUUUCGUUUUUUUUUUGUUAAGUUUUGGUCACGUUCUACUUAGACGUUCCACUCUUCUUCUGCAUGUUCGAUCUGCUCAGUUUUUUUCUAAAGGAGUCACACUUAGACCGCUCCUGUCACUUCUUCCUGCUAUUUAUUCCGUUUCUCUGCACGGUUCUGCCGGGUUGGCGGGGGGGGACGGGGACGGGUUGGUUUGAGGACAGACGGAGACGAGCGGAGGAACGCUGAGGGAGACCUCUCCACUCUCUCUCUGGAUCUCGCAGUGAUCGACGGAAAGUUUGGAGCCUUGUUGUGAUGGAAAACUCAGAAAGGAGUUUCCGAUUGAAUUUGUGGCGAUGUCGUCCAAAACCGAACAGACUCCAACUGAGCCAGGACUGAAGCCCAAUAGCGCACACACUCCUACACACACCUACACACACACACACACACACCUACACAAACCUACAGAUGGAUAUCGGAUGGACAAACUCUGCUGUUGUUGGCUAACAGACACUCUCCAACUCCUCCCUUCACAAACACACACACACACACACACACACACACACUCACAGCUCUUCACCUUCACUCUCUCCCUCUAACUAAAACUGAGCUCGGCACAAACACAUCCAUUUUUUCACCUCAUCACUUCCUGUCUCUUCCUCAUUUCCUCAUUUGCUUUGUUUAUUUCUCCGCGACCAUCGAGUCCGAGGAGGCCAGUUUGACUUAUUUGUCACCAUCUAUAACACGGGGCUGCGACUUUUUACGCCCUGUGCCCUUUUUUUUUAUUUGAAAUUAGUUUCUUCUUAUUUUAUGGCUUUUAAAAAGAGUUGUGCACUGGAAAAGGGGGCGUAUGGGCACCUGGGGAGGGAAGGACACUUUGUUAGGGGGGGGAUCAUUGAUGGAUUUUACGUUGCCUUUCUUUGAAGAAUUAAAAGUUGGGGUUUUGUUUUCGUUGCAUACGUCAGCACAUAAACGUUGGAAUGAUGAUGAAUCUGUGUGUUAUUCUUCUUCUUCUUUUUUUUUUGUUGGUAUCACAUCGGUUGGCAUCACGCCUUCAUAUCCAGAAUGUCAACCCUGAGCCAACACAUUUCUUGUCCCUCCCCCCUUUUCUUUUUGUUUUUCCUCCCCACCCCGACAUCACCCUCCUCUCAGCGACACAUAUUCCCAAAGAGCAAACACACAAACAAAAAGGCGUCAUCGGAGUAUGUAACGAAGCAGAACGCGUGUGUGUGUGUGACUUUAAUUAUCACUGGAAAGAAAGAAGAAGAAGAAAAAGAGGAAAAAAAACUAAAAGAAACUACAACAAAUGGUGAAUUAUUUUUUUCUUCAACUUUUAAUUUGAUAAUAUAUUUUUGUGUCGUUUAAAUUUUUGGGGUUUGUACAGAUUAAGAUUUCUUUGGGGGGGAGGGUGGGCUGGUUGUGUCAGAUCAUAUCAUUGCUGCCUUUUCGGUGUAAUGCACCUUUAACAUGCACACACAGACACACACACACACACACAGCUCGUAAUGUAUGGGAAUAAACACAAAGCGCAGGAGUUAUUGAUGUAUUUAACGACGGCGAUGAUGAUGAAGGUGGUGACGACUACUGCUCGCUCAUUUAUAUUUCCUUCAUUUCGGCCAUUUUUUUAUUUAAUUUGAAAGUUGUCCUUUCUUUUUAAGCGUUAUCGAUGUUUCUCACAUUGAAGCACACGCAUUCGCUCAAAAACAACCCAUACAAACCAAUAGAAGUCACUUCUUCCACAAUAGUUUGUCGGAGCAGAACAAAACACACACACACACGUGAGCGGGGGUCGAGAAGGGGGACAAGGCUGAGUCCCGCCAGCUGGUCGCACCUCACUUAACACUUUUCUUUCUUUCUUUCUAUCACAAUGACACACUGUCGUUUAUUUUUUGUUUUUCUUUCAGUUUUUAAUACGUCAAAUUUUUCUUUUUAAAAAGUUGAUCAUUGUAUUAAGGUGCUGGGUAUUGGAUUCUAAUUAUUAUUCUGGCUGUUGCUGUUAUAUUAUCUCUUUCAGGGUUGAUUUUAUUUUACCUUUUUUUUCGUUUCGUUUUACAUUGCUGUAAUUUACAUUGAUUUUAAAUGUGUUUUUGAGCAAACUGUAACUGUAGUGGUGGGUUUUCUGGGGCUGGGAGGGGUGAUCAACUCCUGAAAAAUGUAUUAUUUGUUUGUUUGUUUUUUUUGUGCAAAGACAAAAUGAUGAAAAAUUACAAUGAUAGUAAUAAAAACAAUGAUAUAAUAAUA